UUUUAUUAUUAAAUUAAUUUAGUUCUAAAAAAAUUUCUCGCCCCCCUUACCGGAAUUUCUGGCUCCGUCCCUCAUACAAAUACAACUCUCCCCACGCGCCCUAAACCCUCUAACGAGUUUAUCAGUUAGAGAAUGAUUUCAUUAGGUCAGUCACGCACAACGCGUGCAUCGGCUCCGUUCGUCGCAUAUAUAUAUAUAUAUAUAUAUAUAUAGACAUCAUCAGAGGGAGACCCAAAAUUCCAAAUCUCCGCAAGACAUCAUCCCAGUAAAUUUAAACUCAUCAUCAACAAUGGCGUCAUCGACGGUGGCAGGACUUCCAAAGUACGUGACCCUCCGAUCAACCGCCAACGGGAAGUACAUGCACUACCUGUGGAACGACGAGUUCGGGGCCUACUACAAGGGAAUGGGCUGCAAGCGGCCCAUGGACCCGGUGAGCCCAUUCGUCAAGCUUGAGGUGGUCCCGUCCGUGACGGAUCCGGCCCACCUGGUCCACCUCCGCUGCGGCUACAACGACAAGUUCCUGCGGCUGGUGGAGAUGGACGGCGUCCAGUUCGUCUACGCCACCGCCGACGCGCCGGCGGAGGAUGCAGAUGGGGAGGAGUCGACGCUGUUCGACGUCGUUUUUCCCGAAGACGAGCCGGGGGCGGUGGGCCUGCUGCACGUGCGGACCCAGCGUCACGUGCGGACAUUUUUCAACGAGGGGUACAGCGACGAGAUAAACGGCGUCGCGUGUGCGUACUCUACGGAUGACGUGGGGAGCAUGGAGCGGUACACGUUCGCGCCGUGGGUGGCGUACGGCGGGGAGGCGUAGUUUCGCGGGGGGAGAAGAUGAUACGGUGUCGUGUUGGGGGUUGCGUGAUGAACAAGGAUCGUUGGUGUGCUUGAUUAUAGCUAUAGUACUAUACUUGGCCAAGUAUAUGGUCUUCUGUGUCUUUUUUUCCCUUCAAGUCCAUGAAUAAUGAUGUUCAGCUUUGAUCAUAUCGGGUCAUAAUAAUAAUAAUAAUAAUAAUAAAAUAAUAAUAAUAAUGAAUAAUGAAGCUUAUCGAUAUAUGUUUGGAGUCAUGGAAGGACGAUUAUAAAUUGUUCCGUGGAUUGGACCUUAAAACCAGUCUACUAAACCUUCAAUGUUGCG